AUGCCACGGCGGCGGUACCUUGCUUGCCUGCCCAUCUUGAUCAUUGUGGUCCAAAGCAACUUCUCCGGGGAAACUUGGUCAGUGGCGGUAUGGAAUCAGCACAGGAAGUCCAGCUACUACCAGAAGGACUGUGUUUGGAUGCCCCAGCUGCUUCAGCAGGGCUACAGCAAGAAGGACAUUGUUGCUGCGAUCGAUCGACUUCAGGUGUACUACUCACCACUAGAGCUUCAAAGAUGGGUGGCUGACCAUGACCUUGUGGCUGUGCAGGAGGCCGAUCCUUCGUUUUUGGAUGCCCUGGCAGAUGCCGACAUCAUCCGCGGUGCAGAUGACCGGGAUGGACGUGGCAUACAGGUGGAGUCGUGCACAGCUCUGAUCUUGCCCAAAGCCCGUUGCGUGCGCAGCGAGAAUGCCGUCUUGCAGUUCGCCAUGCGAAUGCGGACCGUUUCCCGAGAUCACUCCAUCGCGUUGGUGGAGGAUGGGAAGGGGCAGCGACUGGUGGUGUGCUCACUGCACCUCCAUCCACCAGAGAUGAUCCGGAACAAUCGUGGCCCAAGAUACAAACAAUAUCUGGAGCCGUUGCAGCAGGCAGUGGAAUCUCUGGCCGGAGUAGAAGAUGGUCUGCUGCAGACUCCUUGUUUACUUCUGGGGGAUUUUAACGUCAGUCCUGAGAACUUCCAGCAGUUGACUUCUACCGUGGAUUUCUGGAGACAGUUCCACGUGGUACGGCCCGCUGAGUCCACCGCCCACCGAUCCAACCCCUGCAGCUGCGGGGACUUUGCCUUGGCAGCUGGAGGCACCUGGCGAGGCCGCGCGCUGGGUUCUGAUGACUUCCGUGCUUUCGAGAAGCACGCCGAGCGCGUUUUCAAGGUUUUGGGUGACGACCUCAUGCUGGAUCGCUACAAAAAGGCAGAGCAAUGUUGUCAAGAAGCGCGAAAUUGGCUGCUUCAUCCACCUUUAGAUGCUGAAUCUCAGCAAGAGUUACCGCUGGAGCAACUCUCAAAUGCCCGUGUGGCGUUGCAGAGUGCUAUACGGAAAUUGGGUCGACGGCCCACGCUCCGACGCACCCUGUUGAACUCAGAUCAUCGUCCACUCUGCUUUGAUAGCAUUGUGAGCGCUAAAAAGUCUCGAGGCCACCAGGGUGCCACCGUGUUUUUUGAUGUUUUGAUGCUUUUUUAG